AUGCCAGUCAACGCCUACUGUCAGCCGCGCAGCAUGCCGGCCCAGACGAUCGCCGUUGGCAGGUCCGCCACCUUCGCCAUGUGCAACGACACCACCUCCCGCUGCAUGUUCUCCUCGCCGGAGUAUGUCGAGGAGCACAACCCCACCGACAAGUGCCUCGGCCGCGGCGACGACCCCUACCCCGCUCCCUCCAACAACAUCAACUGCGUGGUCACCGUGGACACGGUGGACCCGAGCUCCGAGUCCAGCGACCCGGCCACCUGGUCCAUCAACACCAACGACCUGGUCGAGCUGAUCCUCACCCCGCCCUCCCGGUUCAUCGGCAAGCAGACGGUCACCUGCCGCGUCACCCAGAACACCGCCGACCCGUACCCCAACCCCGGCCCCGGCGAGCAGAUUGGCGAGUCGACCACCUCCAUCACGGUCACUCCGUUCAUUUGCAACGAGACGACCUGCGUCCACGGCACCUGCCACCAUAUCGAUGGCUGCAAGUGCAAUGCCGGCUGGAAGGGCAUCGCGUGCGACAUCAACCCGGCCUCCACCCUGGUGGCCACGACCUCGCUGGUGGUUGCCCUCGUGGCCUCCCUCUUCGGCCUGGCCGCCUCUCUUUGA